AUGGAACGCCGUAAGGAAGAACUCGAAAAGAAACGACAAAAACUCGCGGAACUUCGGCGUGCCCGAGAGGAACGUAUUGUUGCCACCACAAAAGUCCAACAGCCACCGUUAAUCCCCCUCUCCAACAAUAAUACUACUGCUGGUCAGGCUCCGACCGCAGAGCGGAGCCGUCGAAACGAUCGAAACGAAGUUGAUGAACUGGUGAACUCAUUACUUAAUAAAAACGAUAAAGAGAAGUCUGAAACUCCUGUCACUAAUACGUCACCUGGUGACUCUGAUAACGGGUCUGAUAAAGGAGGCAGUUCUUAUGCUCCUUCAUAUGUGCAAAAACCGGUGUUGGGGCAGUUGUCGUCUCCUGUUUCGUCUAUGCCGCAAAGUCCUGCUAUACCAAGUGCGAGAUUCAUACCGGAUUUUACUCAUUUUGAAACCAUUAUACUUGAUAUUGCUCCCAAGGAAAAAGUAUUCUAUGGAAAAGAAGUCCAAACUACUGCCACAUCGUUUGGACCACAACCGCCUUCCGAAAAUGAAAUCUAUGAAAAGGUCAAAGCUGAAUUCGAAGCUGAAGAAAAAGCCAGGAAAGAGGAAGAAGAAAAAAAACGAAAAGAAGAAUUGGAUAAACAGAAAAAAGUCCAGUUAGCUAAAGAUUUGAAUGAUAAGGAAAGAGACAAGAUUAUUCAUUCCGUUGAAUUUACCAAAUUUAUCGACUAUUCAACAAAAGUUGCGUUAAGAGCGCUCAAUGAAACAUAUGAUAUAAUUACUAAUUAUAGUGAAAGUGCAGAUCUUGACAGUGGGGAUGAAGAUUCUCUUUCUCGUGUCAAAUUAGUGUGUACUUUCUUUGAUGAUAAAUGGUCAAAGAAUCGAUCAGUUACAGAUGUCUGCUGGUCACGCAAGUGUCCGGAACUUAGUAUUGCUUCAUACAACAAAAAUCCCAUGUCAAUGAAUGAACCGGAUGGAAUUGUUCUUGUUUGGAAUAUACAUUUACUAGAACGUCCUGAGUUUGUUUUCCAUUCCCAGUCCGACGUCCUCACCACCACUUACUCUAAUUUCAAUCCAAAUCUCAUUAUUGGAGGAACAUACUCAGGACAAAUUGUUCUUUGGGACACCAGAGCAAAAUCUCUACCAGUAUUAAAAACACCGCUUUCUUCCGCAGGACAUACACAUCCCGUUUAUUCAAUGCAAAUGGUAGGAACACAAAAUGCACAUAAUCUUGUCAGUGCUAGUACUGAUGGAUUGAUCUGUUCAUGGCAAUUAGAUAUGUUAGCUCAACCUCAGGAAACUUUGGAACUUGUGCAUCCAACACAUGCUAAAACAGAUGAAGUGUCCGUAACAGCAUUAGGUUUCCCUGAUAAUGAGACAACAGCUUUUUGGGUUGGGACAGAAGAAGGAGAUGUGUAUCAAGCAAAUCGAUUUGAUCGAGCUGGAAGCAAAGCAGGAAUCAACCAAUAUGACUACUACAGGGGACAUUGGGGUCCGGUGACUGGUCUCCAAUUCCAUCCUCUUGUAGGACAAGUUGAUUUUUCAGAUCUUUUUUUGACUUCUUCAGUUGAUUGGACAGUUAAAUUAUGGCGAUCUAAGUCAAUAUCGAAACCAGCCAAUGCAAAAAAUAUAAUCAGUUCUUUGCACUCGUUUGAGGGUGCAGAUGAUUACGUGUAUGAUGUAAAAUGGUCGCCUAAUCAUCCAGCAUUAUUUGCAUCUGUUGAUGGUACUGGAAAGUUUGCCUUGUGGAACUUGAACUCUGAUACUGAGAUUCCUGUUGUAAGCACACAAGUCGGUGGUGGUAGGGCACUUAACAAGCUUAACUGGGACAAAGAUGGAAGAAGAGUGGCUAUUGGUGCUUCGGAUGGUCGUGUGCAUGUUUAUGAUAUUGGAGAGAUGAGUCAUCCUCGACCCGACGAAUCAGCCACAUUACAAAAAAUAAUAUCAGAAAUGAUUUCUAAUACUGAAAGUGACACUGGUCGCUAUGCGGCUAUUAGCCAUUUUUAUUUGGACAAAUCAGCAUAG